GCGGUGUUGGAUUGACUUGCUGGUGUGGCUGCUGACAUUUUCCCCUUCAUUUCGUAUCGCAGCACUUUUCGCGUUGGACGUGGACGAUCGUCAAGUGAAUUUAGUGAAAUUUAAGGCAUUUUCCGGUGAAAUUGUUCGCUGCAAUAGCAUUAAAUAAAGCACAAAUCGCAAUGAGGAACUUCGUGUACGCCGCCGUUUUGGGUCUGUUUGCCCUGAGCCAGCUGAGUGUGGCCAACGAGGACAACUCCGCUCGAUUGUUGGUGUCCAAGCAGAUCCUUAAUAAGUACCUGGUCGAGAAUCGGGACAUUGUUGUAAAGUAUACGCUUUACAACGUUGGAUCCGGAGCGGCCGUCAACGUACAGCUCGUCGAUAACGGAUUCCAUCCCGAAGCAUUCACCGUCGUCGGAGGUCAGCUGUCGGCCACCAUCGAUCGCAUUGCCCCGCAGACCAAUGUCACCCACAUUGCCGUGGUGCGGCCGAAGGCCUACGGUUACUUCAACUUCACCGCCGCCGAGGUCAACUACCAGCCAGCGGAGGAAGUGACCGAGCUGCAGUUCGCCGUCAGUUCCGAGCCUGGUGAGGGUGCCAUCGUUGCCGAGGCCCAGUUCAACAAGCAGUUCUCGUCGCACUACCUGGAUUGGUUCGCGUUUGCCAUCAUGACCCUGCCCUCGUUGGCCAUCCCAUACGGACUGUGGUUCAGCUCCAAGUCGAAGUACGAGCUGUUGGCCAAACCGACGAAGAAGGUGAACUAAGGGCCAAAUUUGCUGUUCUAGGGUAAGAGCUGAAGGCGAGGCAGAUUUUUACUGCUUCGGGUGUCUCCUAAUCCCCGAAAUAAACCCGCUUCGGGAGGAGUAGGAUACUAUUUUCGGAAAGACUAAUUUAUUAACAUGUAAGGACGCGCUUUUCCGUUUCUCAUCACUCCCAAGCCACCCAGUUUCUCUUUAUUGUUGCCGUGUUUUUUUAUAAGUUCGAACGUGAUUCAGAGGGCAGAGUUCAAAAAGCAAUGAGAGAAGUUUUGCAUUUUUGUGAAUUAUCAGCCAUGGCUGUUGUAGUGCAGUAAGACUUUGGUUUGUUACAUCGAGUCAUACCAUCAGAAUAAAUGAGAUUGAAAACUUUAUGAAACAA